UCUCAGCAGCCCGACGCUCCCCGAACUCGCGAGGCGGGCGUGCGCUGUCCCGCGCCCCGAGCGCGCGCCUCUCCGACUCCCGAUUCCUUAGGCAGGCCGGCUAUGGCUCCCGACCCGGUGCCGACCCCGGUCCCGGCCUCGGCCCAGCUCCACCAGCCACGCUACUUUACAUGGGAGGAGGUGGCGCAGCACUCCGGGCGGGAGAAGGAGCGGUGGCUCGUGAUCGACCGGAAGGUGUACAACAUCAGCGACUUCAGCCGCCGCCACCCAGGGGGCUCUCGGGUCAUCAGCCACUACGCGGGUCAGGAUGCCACGGAUCCUUUUGUGGCAUUCCACAUCAACAAGGGCCUUGUGAGAAAGUAUAUGAACUCUCUUCUGAUCGGAGAGCUGGCUCCGGAGCAGCCCAGCUUUGAACCCACCAAGAAUAAAGAGCUCACUGAUGAGUUCCGGGAGCUGCGGGCCACGGUGGAGCGGAUGGGCCUCAUGAAGGCCAACCACCUCUUCUUCCUGUUCUAUCUGCUCCACAUCCUGCUCCUGGAUGUGGCCGCCUGGCUCACCCUUUGGAUCUUUGGAACAUCCUUGGUACCCUUCUCCCUCUGUGCGCUGCUGCUCAGCACAGUCCAGGCCCAGGCAGGUUGGCUACAGCAUGACUUUGGGCACCUGUCAGUCUUCGGCACCUCUACAUGGAACCACCUGCUACAUCACUUCGUGAUUGGCCACCUGAAGGGGGCUCCUGCCAGCUGGUGGAACCACUUGCACUUCCAGCACCACGCCAAGCCCAACUGCUUCCGCAAAGACCCCGAUAUCAACAUGCAUCCCCUCUUCUUCGCCUUAGGGAAGGUUCUUUCCGUGGAGCUUGGGAAACAAAAAAAGAAGCACAUGCCAUACAACCAUCAGCACAAGUACUUCUUCCUGAUUGGACCCCCAGCCUUGCUGCCUCUCUACUUCCAGUGGUAUAUUUUCUAUUUUGUUGUUCAGCGGAAGAAAUGGGUGGACUUGGCCUGGAUGCUCAGCUUCUAUGUCCGUGUCUUCCUCACUUACAUGCCCCUGCUGGGGCUGAAAGGCCUCCUGGGUCUUUUCUUCAUUGUCAGGUUCCUGGAGAGCAACUGGUUUGUGUGGGUGACACAGAUGAACCACAUCCCCAUGCACAUUGAUUACGACCGGAAUGUGGACUGGGUCUCCACCCAGCUGCAGGCAACCUGCAACGUUCACCAGUCGGCCUUCAAUGACUGGUUCAGUGGUCACCUCAAUUUCCAGAUCGAGCACCACCUCUUCCCGACGAUGCCCCGACACAACUACCACAAAGUGGCGCCCCUGGUGCAAUCCCUGUGCGCCAAGUACGGCAUCAAGUACAAGUCCAAGCCCCUGUUCUCAGCCUUUGCCGACAUCGUCUACUCACUGAAGGAGUCGGGGCAGCUCUGGUUGGACGCCUAUCUUCACCAAUAGCAGCGGCAGUCCUCCGUCUGGGAGGGGAAGAGGACACUGGAGCCAAAGCAGAGGGAGCUUGCGGGGCAAUGCCACUAUGAAUCGAAUGUUGGAAGGGUUGGGGACGUAGAUGUUUGUGCUCACACCUGUCCCCUUGCCUUCUAGGUACCAAACUUGAGGGAGAACUGUUGGGGUAGGGGUGCAAAGCUGUUCUGUUGUUUCUUCAACGUUGGCAGAGGCAAAUGGGGGGACCUCCAGAGCCCAGCAUGAAGCAGGGACCCCGCCCUAGAAUUCCCCCCUUGUAAAGUGUGAGCCCAUUUCACUGGGCUAUGUCUCUGACUCUCUACCCUCCCUGUUAGUCUCCGGGCCAGUGUGACCCCUUUGAACAAGAUUUAGAAAGGGGGCAUUCAUGCGUAGAAUCCUGAAGCCUGGCACAGCUCCCUGCCCAGGAGCUUAGCUUGCUGCCGAGAGCUGGGUGUGACCAUGUCCGCCUCUGGCUUCUGGGAGAAGCUGUUUUUCAGUUUCAGAAGCAGGCAGGGCAAAGGCCAGGACUAUGGUUUGGGAGGCAUUUGGCCCUGGAGGAUCCUGGCACGAGUAAUCCUGGUUUCCUGUUCCAUCCAGGUUCCAGAGAGAACAAGAGAUCCUAGCUCUUGACAAAAUGGAUGGCAGAAUUACUGGCCUUUAAAAAUCUGUUGAUUUUUAAAUCAACACAAGGAAGGAAGGGGCUUUCCUCCUCCUGAACAAUUCCCAUAGUUUCCUUUUCUGUCACCGCCUGUCAUUCUAACAGCCACCAGCACAAGUGGCUGAGGCUCCUGUCCUAAGGGUCAGAGCUCUGAGCAGCGGCGUCCCUGUCCCCUGUGUCAUGUUCCAGCAUUGCACAGCACAUUCCAUGUCACAGACAGGAGGGUUCUGAGGUCUGUGAAUGCCACCGCUGCUGCUGUUCCUCUUUCUACUUGUUCAAGAGUCUUACUCUUCUGGAGGCCAGACAGGCAUUCGGGACGACUUCUGACAAAGCGUGUCUAACAGUGAAGUAGGGUUUUGUAAUCUUCUGAUUCUGUAAAAGUUAGGGACAGUUUAACUCACCCUUCCAGAGAACACAGGAACAUGCCCGGAGAGCCUAGCCCUGCACAUCCACGUCCACGCUCUCGUUCCCCAAACCCACGGAAUUAUUCCGUUGCCUGCUCAUCAGGUAUCUACUCAAAGCAUAUUGACCAUCUGUCUGGAAUCAGAGAGCCCCAAGCAGAAGGCAGAGCGCAACGCCUCUGUGGAGAAACGGCGGGUGGUCAAGAUGAGGGCAUCUGGGUAAAGGACGUUGGGGUACGGCGUGCUGACAGGCAGGGUUCCUUGAGUUUCCAGGACAAUGCCCAGGGAGGGCAGGUUGCAGAAGAGCACAGAGCUUUCCCAGGGACUGGCCCUGCUUGAAAACGUCUGAAGCAGGCUGGGUAGGAAAGUCAGGAUUAGAGUGCUACCUUUAGUGACUCCUUCCCUCCAGAAUAGGUGCUGCC